CUCAACCUUUCUCCAUAGUCAUUAGUACAGAAGAGGUCUCUCGUCCGAUUGAAUUAAGUGCGUGUUCAUUUUACCCGCGCACGAAAUGUCCACGAUGGGCAGCCCUCUGUGCACCGCGGUACUUUUAGCUUUUCUGGUCUUUUCUUUAAGACUUUUUGUGAACAGUUGGCACAGAGUUCAUAAAGGAAUGUUUGCCAAUGGAACUAUUGAGGAUGAUUUUGUUAUGGAGCGUAACGGAUUAGUUCAUGAACUCAACGAAAGACGCAAGGAAAUCCUUUCUUUCCUCAUCUCUUCUGGGGUAAAGAGGUUAUUGGAUGAAUCGGGACACUUUGGGCAGCACCAAUCAUUUGAAAGUAACCAUUUGGAUAUUAGUUUGGAUAAUGAGAGUGAAGUUUCCAGUGGAUCUAUUAGAAUAAAUAAGGAUCAUAUUGGCUGUGAUCAGCUUGUUGAUAUGAAAGCUGUGGAUAUCCUUGGCUCGGGCUAUACCAAAAUAGUGCUUGAAGUUGUGCUAUCGGAGGGACAGUCUGUGGCAUUGAAAACCGUGUACGAUCAAGGAACUGACAUGGCGAGAUGUCUCGAGGAUUUUAAAGACCCCUUGGGCUGUCACGAGCUCGUGUCUUUUAAACUGAAAAAAGAAAUAGUUUUAUUGCAAAGACUGCAACAUCCAAAUAUCAUAAAGGUACGUGAAUAAAGUAUUAUUUAUUCAAUAAAUAAUUAGUCUAAGGUAAAAAAAUAGAAUAUAACUUUAUUGAUCUCCAGGGGGUAUAGGCUAAUCAAGGUGUCAGAGGCUUACAUACAUCACAAACACAGAACAUACACGUUACAAACAACAUGGCCUACCGUUCUAGAAACCUACAAACUUCAACCACAUUGAUGCUACUUUGCUGUCUAUUUAAGGAGCUAACUGCUUCUCAGGCCUGUCUGCUCUGCUGCUUGUGUAAUAUCCUUAAAAAGCCUCAUUGCAUCUGUAGGACAUUCCCAUGUAAUUCAAUUAAACCUCUUGAACCUCCCCUGACCUUGGGUCGCAGUUCUGCAUCAGCAGCUGGAGGAGAUACAAUGUCCCUCUCUGUCUGUUAACCUGGAAUAUGUAUAAAAAAUCCCCAAAGUCUAUUUAAUCAAUCCAUUAUGGUCAAAUGUGCAACUUGAAUGUAAACAAUCCUAACCUGUUUACAGGCUACUGUGUAACAGUUUAAUGAAUACCUUCAUGAACACACUUUAACGUAAUCUCUGUAAUAGGCCAGAGUAGAACACCACAUUUUACUGGUUUGUCCUGAGAACAACUGGUUUGAUACAGUUAUGCUGCGCUCUCAUCAUUUUCUCCCAAUUCUUUACUAGCUUACAUUCCCGGUGUUAGGUUUACUGUGACACUAAUAAUGCAGUAUAACCUAUUUCCCUUCUGCAGCUCCGAGGUCACUGCGAGGACAGUGUGGGGGCAGGAGGCAUCACAGCCAUCCUGGAGCAGGGCUUGCCACUACAGAUGAUCCAGCUCCUACAGAGCCCCUGGGAGGAACGCUUUCGGGUAAGAAGACCACUAGGCCCUCUGUCUCUCUCUGCUCUCUCUCUCACUCACACACACACACAAUCUCGUCUCUUUCUACCACCCUUGUCCUCCUCCACAUCCCUGGAGAGAGGGUUAAUCAGGAGUGGCCCGCCCCCUGGCUCCCUCUGGGGCAUACCUGGGGUGGGGAUGGGGGUGGAUGAUAGGGGAUGGGGGUGGAGAAGGAGCUGCUGUUGGAGGAUGACAUUCUUAGCCUGGAGUGGAUUAACCCAGGCCCCAUCUCCAUUCCAACUGGGCCUGAUCAAAUACUCUGAAGGACAGAUGUCUGCGUUCAGGGGGAUCUCGAAUGUCGGCCCCCUCUUCUCGCGCCUUAAGCCCUCUACGAUCUUCUAGUGUGCGUAGUGCGUACCAAUGUACGUCAAUGUGUGUGUGUGACACUGAUAGUGUGUGUGUGACACUGAUAGUGUGUGUGUGACACUGAUAGUGUGUGCAUGUGCGUGUGCAUGUGUGUACGUACAGAAGUGUUGUUGUUUGCAAGUAUGUACGCGUCAUAACACAUGGUGACGAGUCCUUCAGGCCAAGUCAUUUCGAGCAUCCACGAAAGUGAGGAAUCAGUAACAAUGAGCAACAGUAGGGGUGAGGUGUUAAAGGAACACUUAUUUCAACAUGCCUGAUCCCUUGGAGCAAAACGCUCCACUGCUGUAGGGUGUACAGUCAUUCAAAAAGGGGUUUGGUUUCCCCUACCUCUGUUUUAAUAGUGCUGCGGCUGCACUGAGAGACGUUCGACAGACUCGCCUGGUUACCCAACGUCCCAACUAUGUUUGCGGUGUGACCAAAUCAUUUUCUGCCGCGUCAACGCAUGCCGAAUGCUACUCGUUCCAUUUCUUUGUGGGCUGUGCCAACUCGAUACUUGUUUCGCCGCUUUGUUUCAUCUUGACCAUUCUUCUAUGGCUCAUGUUAUACAGGAAUGAAGUAGUAAGCCUAGAUGUGAUAUGAAGCAGCAACUGCAGAAAUGUCCUGAAAAAGCAGUGUGACACAAGAAGAGUCUGUGUGCAAUAUGAUCUGUUUUCUUUUUCUUUCCUUUUUAGAGUGGGUAACACUUUACAAGACGUUGCUCAUAAACCUGUGUAGUAACCUUGUAAUUACACGUGUAACAACAAUGUAUUAGCAAGUUGUUACACAACAUUUUAGUAUUUUCUUGCACACAUUUUUUACAUACCACAGGACAUAGGCGAAAGAGCAGACAGCCACAAUAAUACUAUCACAUACGAUGACAUCGUCCUCAUAUAUCACCAAGUACAUAUGACAUAUACUGUACAUGUCAAAGGUAUACAAUGACAACCAUAAUGUCAACAACAUCCAACCUGUACAUUUUCCCCUCAGGUUUGUUUGGGCCUGGUGAGGCUCCUCCACUACCUCUCCCACUCCCCUCUGGGCUCUGUGGCUCUGUUGGACUUCCAGCCCCGUCAGUUUGUCAUGGUAUCUGGGGAGCUGAAGCUCACAGACCUGGAUGACGCCAGCGUGACGGAGCCCGCCUGUCAGGUGGACCAGGACUGCGUCUUACAGUUCCCCCUCCGCAACUUCAGCCUGCCCUGCACGGACCAGGGAGUGUGUGAGGGCCUCAACGAGAUGAGGAAUCGUUACAACGCCUACAGGUAAUACAGCUGCACUCCCAUUGUUAGGCUACAUUUUCAAGUGUUUUGCAAGGUGGGUGAGAUGUCAUUGCUGCACUCCUUGGGCUAGUUUCCCAGAUCCAGAUGAAACCGAAGCUUCUGCUAGACUAAAAAACAUGCUCAACGGAGAAUCUUCAAUAACCAGGUUUCCAUCCAACCAUUUCAUGCUGGUACAAUUUUAUAAAUGCCGACAGACAAUUUGUUCGUUCGACAUGGUGGGAUCUUUUUUGUCUGUAAAAUUAAUUAUGCGAGAAAUGGCAGUGGAAAUGUCUUUAUGCACAAAUAUUGAUAUAAUAACCAUCAUAUCUAAGUAAACUUGGAGUCACGCGAUGACAUGUUGUGUGGUCCUCCCACUACGACUCAGGAAACCAUGCAGUUCAUUAGGCUACAGAUGAAAUAAGGGAGAUGAAAGUGCACUUGAUUAGCUUGAUGCUUGAUGCUCCUUUAAAUAUUGAGGGUCUUAUUCUGGUGACAUGAUGAUUAAUGCUUGGCGGCUGUUUGACAAAUAAAAAUAAUAUUGCUGUUAUCCAUAAUAAUCUUGUAAUGUAGGUAGCCUACCUGCACUGUAUCUGCGAGCUGUUAGCUAGAGUGCACGUGCCAAGACCAGAGCGGGCAUGUUUGCUAUAUAACACAACAGUUUUUGUGACAGAACCAUCAGUAGUGUUGAAAAUGCAAUGGAAACCCAUUUAACUUUUUCAUUCGGUACAUAGGAAUUUAACUGCAAAAGUUAUUUUUAUGUGCACUACGUCAUCACUCACAUACUUUUAUCCAUAAUAAGUCCGUUUGAUAGAAACACAUCUCUGGUGGGAAAAUUUGCAUAUUAUUUUAUGCAGAUUUUAGAAUAUUUGCAUGAAAAUCUGUCGCAAAUUGGAUUGAAACCUAGCUAUGGAAAGUGACAUUUGUCCUGCUUAAUCUUAAUCUUAAAACAAACAAAAAACAAGCAUUGGAAAGGUGGGUGAGAUGUAUCAUAGCCCCACUCUUUGAUGGUUUAGCUAGAUCAUUCCUCGCUUUGUUCCGUGACAGUGCCAUUUUGUAGGCUACAUGUAUUCACUCAUGAUUCUGCCAGGUUUACUGCACACUUGCUUUAAUACCGUGAUGAAGAGUCAACGUUUCAUGAAAUAUGUGAUGGGACUUGUCUAAAUGAGAAAUGUUUCUUUUACACUGCCUCAGGUAUUUUUUCACCUACCUGCUGCCUCACCAAGCCCCGCCUGCUCUGAGACAUCUGGUGGAUCACAUCAUGAACUCAACGGGUGAGGACUGGAGUAGAUGGAACAUGACCCGCCAUUACUAUUAAUCAUUUGGAAAGACCUAAUAUGGCCCUUUCAUAUGUCAUGUUAGAGCCUAGAGUUUUUCCCUAACCAUGUGCGCCUGACUAGAAAAACUUUAGGCCCUAGUUGGAGUUUGUCAUACACUUCCAUGUGAACAAUACCAUUUACCCCACAUAUGAACAUAACUAGAGCCAGGUGUUUUGACCGACCACAUUGGCCUUUCCAGGAAAAACAAAUUGUUCACAUUUGACCAAGCGUAUGACCAAUUCCAGUGGUGUUUCCACUCAUACCUUUUCUGUGCUGACCUGUUCCGCUGUGUUUCUCCAGGAGAGCUGAAAGGUGAUGUGAAUGACACUCUGGAAGCCUUUGAAGACAUGUUCCAUCUGUACAAAUCCGGCCUGCACCUGGACAACAUGCCUCCGUCAAUAAUCAGAGGUAUGACGUGAACCUUUGAUUUUUUGGUCUAAAUGACUUUUACAGUGCUCCAGACCCCUCCCCUCCAAACUCUCCAGCCCUUCACUCUAUGAAAAUUAAUAACUAAAAUGACUGGCCCAGAUCCUGCAGCUGUAUUUUCCAUGCUCAAGCUGCUCAAUGGUUUAUACAGCUACAUUAUAAAUAGUAAUCAAAGUAAGCCUGGGAAGUGGAUUGAGUGGACUGAGUCUGGAAAUAUAAAGGAAUGUUUUAGACCAACAUUGUUGUGAUGUAUUAACACUGUAAACUGCUAGGUUCUGGCAAAGGAGUUCUAAAAAGGAACUGUAGUUCUCCAGUACGUGUCUUCAGUCACAGGCAAAACUGAUUCCUGGGCCUAUAGAUCAUAUGAAUGGUCUGCGUAUGUUGACUUAGAGUACUAUUUUUAGUGAACAUUUCAUCAUGAGUAUCUGGAACUCCAUAGACAUAGGAUCACUGUCCAAGACUUAAAAUAAAACAGAUAACCCCAAUGUCUUCCCUUUUUCCAGAUGAUUUUCUUCUACAGAGUGUUCAUAUAAAGAACCUUAAAGUGACCCUCUGUUUGCCGCACUAAUGCCCCAACUGGAGCGCUUGUUCCCCUAUUAAUAUGCCCCCCAACAUUUUUAACCCCUGCCUUGUAGGUUUAGGUGGAGGAGUACCAAUGGAGAAACUUGACACCCCUGCCAUCUUCCCCUCACUGUGAAUGAGUUGACUUCUGUUCUGAUGUUGGGUUGGAGGGGGGGCAGGCGCUCCUAAUUCGCGGCCCAUGCUAAUGUUUAGCAGAUGGGUUUGGCCCAGGCCCCACAAUGUCUCUGAAAGACUCUGGUGUUUCUUCUCACCCCAUUAGAUUAUGCAGUCAUGAAAGGCAUGAGCACCUCUGGAAAUAUGGAAUACAGAUGCUGGCCCUCGUACAACCACCAAGGCUGCGUGCUGUCGGUGCACAACGCCAAGGAGGCGGCCUUCAUCUGUAACUCCCUUCCUCAGUGCACUAGCUUCAGCCUGAGCGACCAGAGGACUUGGACAGGUUAGUGUCACUGACCGUCAGCCUUGAGGCAUUGACCGAACUGUGGUUGUCAUCUGGAGUGGAAUUGGACAAUUAUUUAUCUUCGGGAACUCCUAGUUGUCAUUAAUAAUCAUGCCUAAAGCAUUCACAUUAUACCCCUUAAUACUUUAAGUGCUAGGUAAACAUUUCUGAGUGCUCUCUUUAUUGAACAUUUGGCCUUUAAACCUGAUAUCAAGCUAUCAAGUUCCAGUUGAGAUGUACUGUAAUUCUGAGUCACUGAGGAACUUUACUUUGGCAUUUUUGUUAUUUCUUUGCCUUUGCUUGUCUGCAGGACGGCUCCUCGCCUCGUUCCAAAGUGGUUUCAGACAUCUGGUUCCAGAUGGGAACUCGGAGGUGUAUUUGAAAAAGACCAAAGCAUCACCAGGAACUACGGUGUAGGGAGUGGGACAACGGGAGUUGGGGAAUGCGGGGAGGGUGUUUUUGAAGCGAAUGAAUGAAUGUGAUAUAUUUAUAGGGCUUUUGUUCAUUGGCUCGUUUGAUCUGGCUGCCAAUCCUGCGUGCUGCCAAUAACUAUUUAAUGGGAUGCGCCAUGAAACUUUGUGGCUUGGCGUAGGGAUACAGGUUUGUGCAUCGAGGGCUGCACAUGGUAACAAGCAUAUAAGUGCUUACAGCAGUCAGCCUAGAUGAUUACAACCAUUCCAGUCCCCAGUAGUUGUCUUUGAUUUUGCCAUAUGUGAUGUUAAAUAUAGUUAUCAUUACAUUGUUUGUGUAUAAUAUGUGCACCUUGUGGGUGUGAACCUGUUUAACUUUUUCAAUGAAAGAGAUUCUGUUCAAUGACAGUUCAUUCUGUACUUGAUGUUCUGUACUUUGUUAUUAUGGUUGUUUUAUAUUAUAAAUACUUUAAUAUACUUUGUUGUUUCAGAGUCUGUCUUUGUGAAACGGUAUGCAAUUCAAAUGCUUGGAUUAAUUUGAACUAAUAGCAUAUUCUAUUCUUGUUAGUGUCACUAUAGGAAUUGAUCUCCUCUAUACCCUACUCCAACCAACCAAUCACAUAUCACACAAUGUGUGGGCGUGUGUAUGCACUGCUUUCAGCCCCCUCUUCCCACAAUCUGUUACCCAUUUCAAAGGGGGGAGAUCCCAAGCCAUACUGUGCUCUGCAAAGUUUACAAAAGCCCAGGGAAUGCAUGCCAAUAAUCACUUGCCGGGUCAUUAUGGGGCUUAAUUAA